ACGUAGCAUUAGUCGCAUCCGGGUGAGCAUACCGAGGUAAGAAACGUAAGCUAAUGCUGACUGAGACAAUAUAACAAUUUGACAAAUAUUAUUGUUUGGAUUUACCUUAACUCCAAUUAUAAAAUUUCUACUGUAAUAAAUUGAUUCAAUGCCUAAAGACAAAUGUGAAAAUAACCAAAGCAGUUAAGUUUUCUAAAUGGAAAGAGCAACCAGCUAUGUAGUUAGCUUAAGCUAAUAAUGGUCGUUCAUGUUGAUGUCCGGGUAUGCUUUGUCUCUUUUAGUGUAUUUCUGAUACAGAUGGUAAUAAUUUCAGUCAAAAGUCUUCUCCUGUUUGUUCUGACAGGUCCUCUCGCAGGUUUGUGGUGUGAAUCUUGGCUCUGAAGAUGUACGGAUCGGUGCGGGUGUUGAUGAAGGUGCUGUGGGCCCAGCUGCUCUGUGGGUGGGUUCUGGGCUCGGAGCUGACUUUUGAACUGCCAGACAACGCAAAGCAAUGUUUCUACGAGGACAUCAUCAUGGGCACCAAGUGUACUCUGGAGUUUCAGGUAUGAGCUACAUCAUGACACUAUGCCUCAUCAAAUAAUUGGAAAUGGUCAUUUUAGGCAGCUAUACUGUCAAGACUAACAUAAACCAUCAUGGGCUUUAAGAUGAGUAUUUCAAGUCUUGACAUAGCUUUUUGUAAUUUUGUUUUAUUAUUGAUUUAUUUUCCUUUUAUAAAUAAUAGUCAAAGUUAAAUGAACACUUAAAUGUGUCCUUUACACCAGGAUUUUCCACAUUCAAUAACUGAAAUCACAAUCAAUCAAUCAGUCUGUAUUUAUAUUAUUUUAGAGUUCAUCUGAAGAUUCUUUUAUCUGUUUUUAAAUCUUUAAAUGGUCUGGCUCCAUUUUACCUCUCUGAGCUUCUCCACCCCUACACCCAUGCUCUGUGCCUCAGGUCAGCUGAUCAGCUGCUCCUGGAGGUAUCGAGGUCCAAACUGAAGCUCAGAGGGGAUAGAUCUUUUUUCUGUUGCGGCCCCAAAAUUAUGGAACGAGCUACCCUUCCAAAUCAGACAAGCCCCCACACUGUCCAUUUUUAAAACUCGUCUUAAAACCCAUUUUUAUUUAUUGGCUUUCAACCCUGCACGAAGCUCCUGUUUUAGUGUUUUAUGGUUUGUUUUUAGUUUAUUUGUUUCUAUGUUUUAAAUUAGUUUUUAAAAACAUUGAAACUGUAUUUUACUUUUUAAUAUUUGCUUUUAUUUUAUCCAUUAUUUUAAUUGUUUUUUGAUUGUUUUUUUAUGUUUGCAUUAUUGUGUAGAUUUAUGUACAGCACUUUGUUCAGCUGUGGUUGUUAAAGUGCUUAACAAAUAAAUAAAGUUAAGUUGAGUUGAGUAUAUAGCGCCUUUUAUAUACAACAUGUAACCCAACCCCUCAUUCCCACCCCACAAUCUAAAUGCAACAGAAACAGUAUUAAAAUGCAUACACUUAAAAAGGGCUGAUCUCACGUGGUUCCCUUUAUGUUGCAUCUUUGCUGGUGAUGAGCAAUAGCUGAGUUUCAAUAAAACCUUUAAAUCUUUAAAUAGAUUUUAUUGUGUCUUACAGCACUUAGUCAAUUUCAUUGUUUUUAAACAUGAGUAUGACUUCAAUUUGAAUAAGCCUCAGACUUUCAUCAAAGGUGGUUAUGAUUGUGUCAAAAAAUGUCAAUACUAUCUACACCUGUGCAGUUGUCUGUACUAAGUGACACAACUUCAAAUAAUUUGAAUAUCAAAAUUAAAUAACUGAAUGGAAGUCCUCUUGUAUCUAUGGUUUCCCAGGUGGUGACAGGAGGCCAUUAUGAUGUGGACUGUCGUUUGGAAGACCCAGAAGGCACCACACUCUACAAGGAGAUGAAGAAGCAAUAUGACAGCUUUACCUUCACAGCAGCAAAGAACGGCACCUACAAGUUCUGCUUCAGUAAUGAGUUCUCCACCUUCACACACAAGACCGUUUACUUUGACUUCCAGGUCGGUGAUGACCCUCCACUGUUUCCCAAUGAAAACAGGGUCACUGCUCUCACUCAGGUAAGCUUUGUGUGUGGGAAGGCAACUAAAGUUAACAUGUUCAAAAUGUAAAUAAUGUUUUCUGUCUGUUAAAUCAGGUAAAUCUCCUGUUAGAGAUCUUAAAAUUUAUCUUAAAGUUAUAUCUGACUAAAAUGUCUGAGACUCUUUUUCCAGUAUCUGGUUAUACCGGGGGUGAUGUGUUUUCUUACAGGAAGGUAUCCUUGCCUUAUAAGCAGCUAACCCCUUUGUAGUUUCCAUCUGUUGUGCUUUUGAACCCUCUGCAAAUCCCCAGCCCAGCUCCGCCCGAUUCUGACCUAAAAAGCAGUUGAACUCGCUGUAAUAACUGACAUACCUGCCCGGGUGCGCUCAGCUUUACAUACAUUUGCUGUCAUGAUGUGUAUGUACACAGUGUGUACACACAGUGACAUCCUAGUUGAAACUCUUCAGGUGUCAUUUAACACCUAAACCCGGAUAGUUUUUGUUCUUACAGUUGGUGUGUGUUUUAUCACCUUAAAAUAUUCUGCAAGGCCAGGGUGCUGUUUGUUAUUUUCACUCUUUGCUUCCAGGAAAAGAAAUGAAAAAUAGUUUUACAAAAACAAAAACACAAACCUUGUGUUUGUAGCAGUGAUCAAAAUGAACUGAGCCCUCUGUCAUACUUUACUAUCUCCUGCUUUCAUCUUUUCUGCCAUUGCCCAUUUUCCAAUUGAAUUAGACCUUUCAAGUCAUAAAGCUAAAAAGGAUUCCAAGAGUCUAACUUGUUUUCUUCUUUUUAGUUUAUGUAUGAUUAUAACUCAAGUCCAUUUCAGUUCCUUGUUUAUUACCAACCAUUAAUAUUGAAUUUCCCUUCGGGGAUCUGUAAAGUUCUUCUUCUUCUUCUUAACAGCUGCAGUCAUGUAUUUUACACUAACUGUAACCUCAAUACCAUUUUUAGAUGGAAUCAGCAUGUGUGUCCAUCCACGAGGCCCUGAAAUCUGUCAUUGACUACCAGACCCAUUUCCGCCUCCGUGAGGCCCAGGGGCGCAGUCGUGCAGAGGACCUCAACACCCGAGUAGCUUUCUGGUCCAUCGGAGAGGCGAUCAUUCUUCUGGUAGUCAGCAUCAGUCAGGUGGUACUGCUCAGAAGCUUCUUCUCCGACAAGAAGACAACCACAACGCGUGUUGGAUCGUAACAGUUUCUGAAUCCUGGGAUCAUUACUUUCUUUAUCUGUACCAGGGCUCAUGUGCAUAGAGGGAGUCAAAAUAUCAUUGCCGAUCUGAAAUUAUCAAACUGCCCUGAUAAUGCACUGAUAUUCUUACUCUGACUUUAUGCAGAUGAGUUUUGAGCAAGGUUAUAUGUGCUUGAAUUGUAUUUGAGGGAUAAGGCAGGAAACCUGAGGAGAGGUUUGCUGAUGUUGCUUGUAACCAUUGGAGGCACUUCAAGCAGUUGGUUGUUCAGUAAAAGCCACCCCUGAAUACUUCAAAUAUGUGAAAUUAUAUCUAAAUGUGUUCUGAUAUUAUUUUGAGCCUUGUGCACCCUUGAUCUGUUCAAAGCCUAGCCCAAACCUUGCUCUGAUCUAUCCAAUGGAAUGGAAGUUGUAACAUGAUGUGCUCUAAAUGUACGGUUGGGGACAUCUUCUCUCAGCGGCACAGUGUUGGGUCUGUUAAACUACUCAGGCAAGAAAAACUUUUCCAAUUAAGGUCGCAUUUGGUUAUAAAAAAAUCUGUUGCUUCUUUCUUUUAUCAAACCUUGUUGCAUUGAGUGGGAAAGGCAAGAUAAUGUAAUUGCUUUUUCCAGCUUUGUUGUUUUAGAUGUUAUUGGGGAGUGCGCUUAACAGAAUUUGAGCCAUCUUAAAUCCAAUAGCAGCUGAAAACAGUUUGUAUCUGGGCUGAAUGAUUCAAGUUAGAGAUGUAGGUGGUCUCCCCUCACAGUCAGUUUUGAAUUUGAGAUGAAAUAUCUCCUAAAAUUGUUAGACCUAGAGAUAGUGACUUUUUUAUUUCAUACUUGUGACUCAGUGUGGGGGAUAAUAAAAAGAAAAGAAAAAAACGGACUGUAAUAUUCUAGUAUUUGAAGAAAAGAACAUUUUGUGUGGCAAUACCAGCAAUGAUUUGUGCACCAAUUUGUCAUGAAAAGUUUGUCUUCACUGCUUUCAUAGCAAUGUUAAAUCUUAUUCUGCCUUGCUGUUUGAAGUGUAACAUCUUAUUUAUCUAGUGGGCUGAUAUUGUCCUUUGUUUUUAAUUAACAUUGUUGUAAAAUUCAUUGUUUUGCGAAAUAUUGCUUCAAUAUAAGAUAAUUCUGGACUUUUUUGGUAGUUGUAAUAUAAAAAAAUCCCCCCUUAACUCACUGAAAUCACUUCCUGAGGAACUGGGUCAGAGAGUUUUAUAACUUCACAACUAAUAUGGUCUGCUCUGGCUUAAAUAAUUUGUUAGCAAUAUAUUAUGGUAAUCAGUAAGCACCACUGUUAUAAAUGAUAAAAUUUAGACAUGAUUGACAUCAGUUAGGGCUGGGUGAUAUGGGAAAAUGUUUAUCACGAUAUAUAUAUUUUUUCAUAUCAAUCGAUAUAUAUCAUGAUAUAAAAAAAUGAAAUUUAACAGUGCUGAUUGGUAGCAUGUCUUGCAAUACAAUAAGCUACUGCAUCCGUGACGUCUUCGUGCCUCUUCGACGUUUUGUCGUAAGGCGAUGUGCUACUACGCAGUUGUUUGCUACUUGGUUCUAAUUCAGCACAUGAUUGGUUCUGUGCGAAGCAGACCUGGAGCAACCCCCUAUUUUCAUUGGCUAUUCAGAUUGUCUACCGAAACAUGGCAGAAUGCUGACUAUCAAAAAAGGAUAUUGACCAUGGCUGUGUCUGAAAUGGAUCCCUAACCCCUAUAUAGGUGACUAUAUGGGGGUUAGCGCCAUUUCAAGGGUGUCCAGAACCUGAGGGAUCAAUUCCAGUGCUCCAUAUAGGGGACUCAAAAUUUCCCAUAGGGCAUUGCAAAAUGUGGUGACCAUCUGAUGGUCACUCACCAGUGGUGGGCAUCCCGUCAUGCAUUGCGUCUUGCCGUGUAGUGUCCAAAACCUCCGGUGAUUGAGCUCAUUACAUAGUCAGCUAUAUAGUGAAACCCCAUAUGGGGGUUAGGGGUUUGAGUGAUUCAUUUCGGACACAGCCCGUGUUUUAUAUUGAUAUUGAGGCAAAUUAACUUACGAUAUAUACCGUUAUUGUUUUAACCCAGCCCUAACAUCAGUCAGAUGUUUCAAAGUUAUCUUUCAAACAAAGACAAGCACCAACAUCAUAUCUAACUAAACCUAGAGACAAAUCAAGGUCUGACACCUGGAAUAAUACCUCCAAGAUCCUUUCCUCUUAAUAUAACCAUGUAUUGUUAUGCUUGGGUUAAUUGCUUUUUUCCCUUCUAUCUGCUAAUUGUCCGCUUUUGUAAAUGGUGCACCUGUUAUUCAUGCACUGACAGGUCAUGUCCGGACACUAAUUCAAUGCUGAGGCAUUCUGGGAACAUUUUAAGUUAUUGGGAUACCUAAAUAAACUUUAUGUUGAAGCGUCGGAGUACACCUUCGUUGUCUUGAAUACUGAUUAAAAAAUAAACUUCUUUUGUAAUGCUU